UGUUUGUUUGCACAGAAGUACUUAAUUUAUUUAAUUUAUGAGAUUAACAUUCAGGCCUGCUUGGAUCUGAACGCUGGUCAACAGAAACACCUGUUCAGCUAAUCAUGGAUGUGGUUGGGGUCUUGGGUCAAGUAGGAGAUGUCUUGGGUCCAGUACAAUGUGUCUUAUCCCUGUGUAAGACUAUCUUCACGAUGGCUCAGAAUGCGAAGGCCAACAAGGAGCGUUGCCAGCGAGUCGCCAAGAGAGUUGAAGCGCUGCAGGAUCUGGUUCUCACCAUCGAACAAAGGGGGCCUGGUCAAAUCUCUGUCAAUGUUGUGAACACUCUGAAGGAGCUUCGUGACACUCUGGCUGCUGCCAAGCAGCUGAUCAUGAAGUGUUCUCAAACUAAAGCUGUAAUGAGCUUUAUAAAGGGUUCAGCCCAUGAAGAGCAAUUCAACAAGAUAAACGAAAGACUGUCUGAUAACUUCCAGGUCCUGUCAGGGGCGCUACAGGUCGAGCAGGGGAAUGUGCUGCACAAGGUGUAUGAAACUGUAACAGGAAGGAGACAGGAAGAAGAAUAUUACAGUGGACAAGCCAGCUGCACCAGCCCCACAACUCCCAUGCCUCAACCCAGCGCCAUGCCCUCCAUGUACAGCCCCACAGCUCCCAUGCCUCAACCCAGCGCCAUGCCCUCCAUGUACAGCCCCACAGCUCCCAUGCCUCAACCCAGCGCCAUGCCCUCCAUGUACAGCCCCACAGCUCCCAUGCCUCAACCCAGCGCCAUGCCCUCCAUGUACGGCCCCACAGCUCCCAUGCCAGACCCCAGCGCCAUGCCCUCCAUGUACGGCCCCACAGCUCCCAUGCCAGACCCCAGCGCCAUGCCCUCCAUGUACGGCCCCACAGCUCCCAUGCCUCAACCCAGCGCCAUGCCCUCCAUGUACAGCCCCAUGCCUCCACCCGGAGCCUUCAGCCCCAUGCCUGUCUCUGUGCCUGUCUCCACCACCUUUGUCUCCCAGCCUGUCUUUUGCCCCCCGACUGUUAUCAAUACGACCUUCAGACCCGUCCUAAGGACUGUUGCGCCAUUGCGAGCACCAGUUGCCUCUGUUAGAAGUUAUGUGGUUAACAAUUCUUAUUUUCAUUAAAACAAUGUGCACACAGCGUAAUUAGUGAUGAUCAAGUGUGACAUGUGAGGACAAUGAGGGAGGGCCAGGAGAGACAGUUGUAAACUCUAUUUGUUUCACUGGUGACUUAAAGAUAUAAUAUGUGAAAGUUUGGUGACAUAUUCAAAUUUGCUGCUGCUGGAAAUGUUGUUGACCCAUUUUGUUUCACCUGUUUGUGCCUGUACAGAAGUUCUAAUACAAGCAGGGAACAUAUUAAAAUCUGUUG